UUUCCUCCCGCACAGGGCCACCAUACCCAACUUAAAGAAAUAUUUGGAGAUCAAACCGCAAGCAGCAGCAGGGAUCCUUGAAAACUUUGAAAAUUUGUGUUGUUACAACAAUGGCUGCCAAAUUAUUAUCCGAUCUUGCCUCUGGUGUGACUUGUGUUCCCUCCAACUAUGUCCGGCCUGUACAUGAUCGUCCAAGUCUCGACCAAGUCCAGCCCUCCGAUCACUCUAUCCCUCUCAUCAAUCUCCACGGUUUCGACGGUUCGAGGUGCCAUGAAAUAAUCAACCAGAUAGGCCUUGCCUGCCAAAAUUAUGGUUUCUUUCAGGUCCAAAACCAUGCAAUUGAAGAGGCCGUGAUCGACAACAUGUUGAAAGUAGCAAGGGAGUUUUUUCAUCUGCCAGAAAGUGAAAGGCUCAAGUGUUUCUCCGAAGACCCGUUGAAGACCACAAGACUGUCCACCAGUUUCAAUGUCAAAACUGAGGAGGUCUCUAGCUGGAGAGAUUACUUGAGACUCCAUUGCUACCCUCUCGAGGACUACAUGCAUGAAUGGCCCUCCAACCCUCCGUCUUUCAGGGAAGAUGUGGCUGAGUAUUGCAGGAAUGUCAAAGGAUUAGCAGAGAGACUUCUGGAAGCCAUAUCAGAAAGCUUAGGCUUAGAAAAGGAUUAUAGGAAAGAAUUCGACCCGUGA